AUGAUAUUUAUUAAUAUAUCCUUGAUAAUAAAUAUUAAGGAGAAUCUAAGCCGCUGUUCAAAUCUGCGUUUUUUUCUAAGAAAUUUGUUCUUUCAUAUGCCUUUCCAGAAUCCUGCCAAUUUUCUAAUGCACGCUUCCUUUCUGUGCUCUCUAAUUAUACUUUGUCUCCCUUAUAUAUUUCUUCUCAAUAAAUCCCAUAGCUACUCUUACAGCUCCCAUGAUAUGGAGCAUUGAUCAAAGACAAUAUAG